AGGAGUGUUAUCAUUCAACAGAAUGUGUCUAAAUUUCAGUGAAUCUCCUAAAAUUCCUUCAUCUUUCCAUUUUCUUGACUUGCUUGUCUUUAAUGGUGAUUAUCGGAAACAAAUAUGCAUAUUAAAUGCAUUAUUGACUCAGACACGUUCGAUACAAACAAAUGCUGCAACUUAUGAAGCGUUAGAAUUGUGUUUUCUAUCAUAAAGCAAUACUCAUCCUAGAUGUAGAAAUUUUCAGACAAUGUACAAUGCUAGAAAAAAUUUCAAAUCAGCAAAAAACACAAGAGAUGUUUCCAGUUAUUCAAAGACUUACAAAUCUAACUGCUCAUGUCCAAAUGAUAUUCAAUUCAAAAAGAACCAAUCCAAAAGCGACGAUCAAUCCCAAAACAAUGAAAACUCGUGGGUGAAAGCAACUAAGGAAAGUGAGAAAUUUUUACAACAUGAAUUGAAAAAGUAUGGACUGGCUCCAAAAGCAAAAAAAUUGGCUGAAACAAAACAUUACAAUUCACCCAGAAAUAGAGGCAGAGUAGACAUCAAUCUUAGAAGUGUACCAGAAGAUAGAAUAAUAAAAGUGAAUAUAAAGGAAAUUUUGUGCACAAAUAAAUUCAAAUCAAAAACAGAUCCAAACUUGUCAACUGACAGAUAUGUUGAAGAUUUAAAAAAAGAAAUAAAGUCGAAAAAGAGGGAAAUUCCUUCCCUACCAGAAAAAUACAAAAAAAAAUAUUUGAAGUCGUUGAAAGAAGAACUGCUCCUCAACAAAUUAACAACCUGUUAUGAUAAUAGCCAGCAAAUUGAAGAGAUUAGGAAAGAGAUUGAGACUUUUCGUUCAAAUAAUUCUCAAUUCUACGAGCCUGAUACCCCAUCCUCAUUCAGAAAAAAUGUUCAACCUACUGAAUUCAAAAUUACCAUACAUAAUAAGGAUCAAAAACGAAAAGAUUAUUUGGAGCAUGGUAGUGCCUUGGCCGAACAUAGGAGGAAAUUGAUGAAAGGCAAAAGCUCGGAAGCAGGUGACGGAUAUGGUAGGAUCUGCGUGCCAGAAUGCGAUAUCUACAAAAAUAAGAGACACAAGAACAAGAAGAAAUCACCAACCAGAGACGGUGAAGAUGUUAAAAGAAAGCCGCAAUCCUCAUACUCGAAGGAAGAGAUCUUGAAAUGUAAUCCAGUGAAAAGCUGCGCCACAAUUUCAACUCAAUGUGACUUUUCAGUGAACCAAACUGAUACAGAUGUGGAUAUAGCGAAAAAAUUGGAAGUUUUCGAAGAUCUCAUUCCAAAAAUUUCCUCAGUUAUUGAGAGGACCGAGAAGAAUUUGGAAAAGGAGAUUCAGAAAGCACGAAAAUCUCCGAAAACUGUUCAAGAAAGAGGAGUCAGCCCUAUCAAAGAUAUCCUCGGAACGCCUCCUAUGGCACGAAACCAAUUCGAAGAAAAGGACCAAUAUACCCCUCAAACUCCACCAAACUCACCAAUUCAUUCAGUUGUUGAUCCAAUCUCCACACAAUCAAAAUCAUACAGUCCUCAUAUUGGCAAUCUACUCGUUAAUAUACAAAAUAUAAAAGAUAGCCGAUGUCUUCUGAAUAGCUUUCAGAACGAACUCAUUCAGCUGAAGACAGAUAUACAAAAUUGCAGCAAUUGUGAUGAGGCUAAUGAAAAUAAAGGUGAAAAUAAUUAUUGUGAUAAACAUAUUGUGUACAUACCUCUUCUGAAAAUGGGAGAGGUGGGAUCAAAAAGCGACCAGAUAAAAUUAUUCAAUACAUUGAAAACUGAAGUUUAUCUGAAAAAAGAAUUAGAAAAUCAAAUAAAACAUAUCUCCAAGCUUGAAAGAAAUUUAUCUAGGGCAAAAAAAUUGCAUGAGGCGGAUAAAGUCAAAUCAAUCGAAAAUGAACUCGAACUGGCUAAGUCCUAUUUCAAUAACCUUUUGGUGAAACAACAAAAUGAAAGGUUACUUAGUGAACAACAGAAAAUAAUGAGUGAUAAUACUACGCAUAAAUGUGAAAAUAUUGAAACCUGCGGUAAAUGUAGCUUAGAACGCCAAAUUCAUGAUUUGUUGGAAAAGGUGAGGAUGAAUAUUGCUCAGGAGAUUGAGAAUUCGAAACAACGUCUCAAGAUACAAAGGAUGCCCGCUAUCGAUAUUAGAAACCCUUUACAACUACAAAAUAUUUUCAAGUUGGACAUUCCACCAUCUAAACAUCCUCAAGCACCGAAAAAGAGUAACUUUGUAUAUGAAUCUGUAGUGAAAGAUGACAUAGCUGGCGAUUUGAACACGAAUGAAGAAGCAACUCAAACGAAAAUAGUCCUCAGUAAAUCUACCAGCGUUGAAUUGUCUACAAUAAUCAAGAAAAACAAAGAAUUAGAAGCAGAUAUUCAUAAGUCAAGUUUUAAAGUUCGAGAUGAUGGCGAGAAAAAAAAAGAUAACAUUAUGAAAAGCCAUUUUACACUUACACCGAGUAAGCACUCGCUUAGAACUCAUAAAGAAAGAUCAAUGAAUAUGGAAAAGACACCGUCUGAGCUGGGUUUCAGACAAAAUAUUUCAACUCAGUGUGACUCCAACACUAGCUUUGUAGACUCUGGAGUUUUACCUUGUUCUCCUCCAAAGAUGACAACCCAUACUCAAACAGUGUACAGUGGUAACGAUAGCUCUUACUUAUUUGGUUUCAAAGAGUAUUUGAUGAAAAAAACUGGGGAUUCUUUUGUUCUUAAUCCCUUUUCCACCAAUUUUCAAGGGUCCUUGGACGAAAGUAAUGGUAGUGUUGUAGAAUUCAGGACAAUAGGAGUCAACACAGAACCUAGUCGAACUAAAGUUACAAAGAAUAGAAGCUGUGAAUUCCAUGGGGUUACUGUUGUCGGUUCAAUCAACGAAGACAUACAAGAGGAUGAAGUGUCUGAUAUAAGUGGUGAUGAAACAGAAAUUGUGGCAGACCCAUCUAGGAGUUAUCAAGACACUAUCGGUGAAUUUCAGUUGAUCAGCAAAACCUCCAGUAAAAGCCUAAAAAGAAUACCGUCCUUGAAGAAAAUGUUCCUUGCUCCUCAGAAAACUUCUGAUGCUCCUCAUACUGACAUGGAAGCUACAAUUCAUAACCCCUACGGGGAACCAAAGUACCGCAUAAAACGGUUUUCUACAAAUCGACGAGAAUCGGAUUCUGAACGGAAGCCACAACAUGAUGAUUACUACAAAUCACUGAUAGAGAAAGAAGAACUGCCUGAGAGAAAAGCCGCAGUUUUGGUGGAUAGUCCACCGGUCGAAUCUAGAAUGUCGGAUGAACAGAGCAAAAUUGGAGAGACCAAAAAUUCAGACAACUUGGAUGUAGUUGAGCAGGAUCUUUCUGAAAAUAAAUCGAAAGCUGGGGAUGUAUCCCCUGCCAGUUACAGAGACCGUCGUUUGGAAUCGAAUAAACAUCUUUCCGAUGUUUUUACGGAAAUAAUAACAAAGUUACCAAGUAAAAGAUUAACGAUCCCAGAGCGUUUAUAUGAAUAUAUGGAAGAUGUGGAAAUAUCCCACCAAGGGGGAAGAAAAAAUCAGAAUGAGUCCUCUCUAAUUACGACUAAUGAAGAACAAAAUAAAGUUUCAACUGAAGAAGAAGAAAAGGCAGAAGAAGAAGAAGAAGUAGAAGAAGAAAAAGAAGAAGUAAGGGAAGAAGAAAAAGAAGAAGAAAGGGAAGAAAAACAAGAAGAAGAAGGAGAGGAAAAACAAGAAGAAGAAAGGGAAGAAGAAAAAGACAGUUCUAAUAGAGUUGAAAUCAUCAAAGCAGUCACAGAAGAGAUUGAACUAGGUUCAAAUCCCGCACUACAAGAUUCACAAUAUGACGACCGAACAAAUACAGAAGAGGCAGAGAAUAUUGAAAAGCCUUUGGAUGAAACGCAAAUCAUUAUAACACAACAACCUAACGAUAAAAAUUACGGAAUGCCAACAAGUACAGUCCUGACUAUGCUACCCACAAAUUAUGAAUUCUCACUAGAUAAAAGUCGAAAGUACAAAAUCAAACUAUCAGAUCAUAACAUAUUACUCAGGUUACCAGAGAGUACAAAAUCUUUCAAAAGAAUUGAACCGUCCAGUAAAAAUACUUAUAUGCAGUCAGAUGAAAUAAUUCUGACAGAACCAAAUAACAGUACGAGAAAAAUAUCUGCAUCUUAUAACAAUGAUGGAUUCAUCAUGACCAAUUCUCCUCAAUCUAAAAGAGAUAAAACUAGCAUUACUAACUAUAUUCUGCAUAAGCCACCAGUGAAAAAUGAUAUUCCCUGUAGAUAUCGUUCAGACCUUUCAAACCUCACUAAAGAAAGAUUAGAAUACUCUAGGAAAUGUUCCAAGAUGGUAGACUCCUCCAGCCUUGCAUCGUCGGAAGGAGAAGUGAUUUGUAAAUGCAAGAAUAUAAGUGUUGGGGAGAUACAUAGUUGUCCACAGGGGGGAAAUGAUCUUCAGAGUGAUCAUUCUGGUAUUGAAUAUAAGGAAAAUCUCAGCUCGCAUAUUGUCUUGGAGAACCAAAGGAAACAUUAUCAGCAUUGGGUCACUUAUUAUACAAAGAAAAAAUAUGGACAUGAUUCGAGUUCUAGUUCCAUAGAAGAAAAAUAAUUUAUUUCAUAUCCAUAAUGUGUUGUUAUUGAUCUAUUUUUUCAUCCUGCAACUAAUAAAAUUCGUAAGUUGUAAGUUUUUUGUGUAUUUGUUUCAAUAAAAAUAUCCUUUUGUUCCCAUUA